CCUGUGGACUGACUGAGUGAGGGGUGCAGGCGCCAGCCUUGCCCUGUCCCGCCCGCCCAGAUGCGUCUCGCGCUGCCGCCGCCGCUGCUCCUGCUGCUGUGCGCGCUAGCCGGGCGCUCAGCAUGCCAGCAUGUCACCGGCUUGGGACCCAGCGUGACGGGUGCCCCGCUAGCAGGGAAUCACAGCAGCCCUGGGCAUGAGAUGUCUCUGGGAGUGGAGUAUGAGGAUGCGGACUACAAGGAAGAAGAUGAUGCGCCCCUGCCCUUGUACAUGGUAGAUGAGUCCAUCAGAGUUGAACCUGUGGUUAAACCUAAGCAAACAAAGGAGAAUGAAAAGAAGGAUUCUGGUAAGCCAAAAAGGGGAAGAAAUAAGAAGAAAAAGAACAAAAAGAAGAAAGGGACUCCGUGUGAAACGGAAUACAAAAACUUUUGCAUCCAUGGUGUAUGCAUAUACCUAGAGGACCUUUAUAUUGUAACAUGCAAGUGUCAUCCAGAUUAUUUUGGUGAACGCUGUGGUGAGCAGUCAAUGAAAAUUCAGACAAGAAACAACACCAGCGACUACCCAAAAACUAUAUUGGUGGUGGCAGCUGUUGUACUUUCAAGCAUCAGCUUCAUUGCUAUUGUCAUAUAUCUAAUAAUGCAGGUCAAGAAGAAAUGUCCUCAAUAUGAAGAAAAGGAGGAAAGGAAAAAGCUUAGAAAAGAGAACAGAAAUGGCCAUGUUGGUGUAUAAAAGAAAAAGCCGAACAUGGAUCUGAAGUGGAUGUUGGCAUGGCUGUGAAGUGCCACCUUCCUGCAGGUGUACAUCAGAUGGCCAGUAUUCAAACCUGCUUGAGUCACUACCAUCAGACCCCUCUUGAUCAACAUGAAGGAUGCUGCAAGGGGCACUGAAAAGCCAUUUGCUGCUGAGAGGCUAGCUGGGGUGGGUUACUGCCAUUCUACCCUGGCCACCCAAUACGGAGGAUGUUGCACUUACAAGGUUAAAUGCUCCACUGUCAGAAGUGCCUGGGAGCUGCUGUCACUAGGCUGUAUUCAGUCAGUGAUAGAAGACUAAUAUCUUUUUGCUGUUACCCAGACUACUCUCCUUUUCUCCUGCUAUGUACUGCUGAAAAUCUGUUCAGUAAGUCCUGCUGUGGAAAGGUGCUGUAAAGAAGAUCACAACUUCUACGAGUCUAAGGCAAGAAGGCUUGCUUUCCCUUAUAUUUCCCCAUACCCCACAGUUGUACAGAAAAGGCAAGUUGAGAUUCAGUUAAAUUUUUUUGCCACAGACCACUGACUAUAACAAUGUGGUCCCUUUCACCCUUGACAUCUCUGGAAUCUGAUUUUUUUUUUUUGGUUUUUUUGCUCGUCUAUUCCAAACAUUUUGCUGAAUAUUUUCUCAAUAAGAGCACUUGAGUCCAAAUCCUACAAGCACUUUAAAAGCAACUGAGCUCCACUCUGGGAAAUAAAUAGUGUUGUGCCUAUCUGUUUGCAGGACUGAGUCUGAACUAGAUCAUCUCAAUUUAAAACUAAAGCAGUAUCCUGAAAGGAAAAAUCCAAGGUUUAUCAGCUUCAUGACUAAGUCAAGAAGAGCAAAUCUGUCUCUGUCUUUGGGAUAAUCAAUUUAAAGAACUGUGGUUAGCCAUGUUAGUCUGAAUUAGUUCAUCUUUAAGAUACUACCCUGUCCUGCUUUCAACUUUAAGGAAAGUGCUGGUACUGUAAAAGUAGAAAAAAUACUAAACUUUUGAGUGUUCUUUUGUUCUUGUUGGAGAACUUCUACUUUCUUCCUAGAGCCAUAGAGAGCCUCUCAUCUCUUUGCCAAGGAGGAAAGUCUGGACUUUCUAGACACUAGUAUUUUCAGCUAAAGUUUAAACGGAAAAAAGAUUACUUUUUUUUUUUUUAAAGUUAAAAAUGAGUUUUCUUCUAUUUCUGUAACAGAUCCCAUUUUCUGGAGGAGGAGAAUUUGAUUCAUAUACUCAUGUUCAGUCAGCAGUGGUAUCUGACAUAAAGGUGCAUACUGUGCUUUUUCAUUUUUAUGUUCAAAAUCUCUUUAAUUUUGUUUUCUAAACCUGCCCUUUUAAAAUUCUUUGACCUUAGCAUGUUUAUGGCUUUGAGAAACUUCCAUGCAGAAGUAUCACUUGACUCUAACAGGUUCUCUUGAAACAAUGCAUGCCUCUAACUUAUUUUAAAUGUUUAAUAGAAAAUGCUGAGCAAAUCUGUAAAAUGCAAAUUUAAUUAUGUACAAUUGUACAGACAUUUUUGCACUGUAAAUAUUUAUUACUGUAUUUAAUAUUUAAUAUAUUGUAAAACUAAGGAAUUCUAUUUAUUUUAUAAUUAAACUUUUUACAUAAACUCUAA